CUCUUUCUCUCUUUUUCUCUUUUUCUCUUUUUCUCUUUUCUCUCUCUUUUCUCUCUCGCUCGCGAUUCUGAUUUUACCCUUAAAGCCCUCCGAUUAUUACGAAAACGCCACUGCUCUCUCGCCGUGGGGGAUCCGGUGAGGCCGUUAGGCCGGAAUCUGAGAUAGAGGAGGAGAUGGAUGUUGGAGUAUCUCCGGCGAAGUCUAUACUUGCGAAGCCUCUGAAACUGUUGACUGAAGAGGACAUUUCUCAGCUCACUCGCGAAGAUUGUCGCAAAUUCCUCAAAGAGAAAGGAAUGCGCAGGCCUUCAUGGAACAAAUCUCAGGCGAUCCAGCAAGUUUUAUCCCUUAAAGCUCUCUUUGAGCCUGGCGACGAUUCCGGCGCCGGAAUCCUCCGUAAGAUCCUCGUUUCUCAGCCGUCAAUUCCGCCUCCGGUUACAUCAACUUCGAUUGAGCCAAGUAGCGAGCUCGAAGCUUGUGGUAGGAAUCCUUUUCAAGAAGAUGAAGGUCCUUGCCAUAGAAGGGAUUCUCCAAGAUCAGCUGAGUUUUCCGGUGGUUCUGCUCAGUUUGUAGCUGAGAAAGAUAGCUUAAAGACAGUUUCCCCCAGAAGUCCAGCUGAAACAAGUCCGCUGGUUGGACAAAUGACGAUAUUCUAUAGUGGAAAAGUGAAAGUAUAUGAUGGAGUACCACCUGAAAAGGCGCGGUCAAUCAUGCACUUUGCAGCUAAUCCAAUUGAUUUUCCUGAAAAUGGUAUUUUUGCCUCUAGUAGAAUGAUUUCGAAGCCCAUGAGUAAAGAGAAGAUGGUGGAUCUUCCCCAAUAUGGCCUUGAAAAGGCCACUGCUUCUCGUGAUUCUGAUGUGGAGGGUCAAGCGAACAGAAAAGUGUCAUUGCAAAGAUACCUUGAUAAGCGGAAAGACAGAAGAUUCUCCAAAACCAAAAAGGCUCCAGGAGUUGCAUCAUCUAGCUUGGACAUGUUUCUGAAUCGUCAGCCACGGAUGAAUGCUGCAUAUUCACAAAACCUUAGCGGCGCAGGGCUCUGCGAGUCACCUGAGAACCAGACAAAAAGUUCAAAUCUCUCAGUUGAUCUAAACAGCGAUCUAAACAGUGAAGAUCUGUAACAAAACCUGAAGGGUGAGAUUCCGGGUCACAAGGCGAGCUGUAAAGCUCAAUACAUGAAAGAACAGUAGCUGUUCUUUUGUCAAUUUGCCACGAAGUACAAAAAGCAAAAACAAUGAAUGUUCUCGUUCAUUGUGGAAGAAACAGGGCUUAAAAAGAUUUGAGCUGAAUCAGUGUCUAGUUUUGUUUUACGGCUUGUAUCCCAUCUUUUUUGGUCUGUAGUUUUGAGUAGGUUAGGGACAAGAGAGGAUGUGGCGGUUUGUAUUAUGUAAUGUAAAUGCUGUCUUUAUAAUGAGAGACCUUAUUGAUGAUGAUACCAAAUCUUGAGGUUCUAAUCAAAAAGACAACUUCUUUGUGAUGAGAUAAUUAAUUUGUUUAUUCUCAAGA